UUGAUCCUGCGGCUCCAGGAUCAUGCCCUGGGCUGAAGGCAGGGGCUAAACCGCUGAGCCACCCAGGGAUUCCCAGAAAAAUAACUUUUAAUUACUCAAGUUAGAAUUGGAUUUGUUUUCUCUUAGUUGCAGCCAAAGGGAUCCUUUACAGGUAGCAAAGGAAAGGAAAAGGAUAUAGCUAAUGCGGAGACAGAAUUAGAAAGGACAAGUUUAAUGGCACUAGUGUAGGCUUUGCCAGAAGGGCAGAUGGGAAUUUAUUAUAGCAGGUAAAAGCUUGAAUCUCACCAAACCAGUACUUCUUUGGUCUGUCAUCAAUAUGAUGUCCUAGGACCAAAUUCAGCAAUUAAAGUUUUCGGGAAGUCAAAAGUCAUAUGUGGAUUUUUUAUUGCAAUGGGAAGGUGGUACCCCUAACACCCUACAUUGUUCAAGGACCAAUUGUACAUAUCACAACCACAUGGGAUUUAUCCCAGGAAUGCAAGGUUGGUUUAGUAAUCCAAUGUAAUACACCUGUUUCUAGAAUAAAGGAUAAAAAGUACAUAAUCAUCUCAAUGGAUACAGAAAAAGCAUCUGAUAAAAUCCAAAACCCUUCCAUGAACAAAUUAGAAACAGAGUGGAACUUAACCUCACAAAGGCUCCAUAAGUAGUGAUAAGACACUGGAUGCUUUGCCCCUGAGGUCAGGAACAAGACAAAGAUGUCUGCUCUUUCCACUUCUAUUCAACAUUGUACUGGAGGUAUACUGAAGACCAGAGGGCCAUUUCCCACAUUUUCUGGACUAUUAGGGCCCUAGGAUUCUGGGUGUGAGCCAGGGAGAGGCACUCAUAAAGAUACUGGGUGUGUCAACAUCCUAGUUCCUGGGGAUUACUAUUUUCUGAAUUUGAGUUAGAAAAAAAAAUAAUAUGACAUUUCUCACAUUAGAAUGGUAAGGUACAGCUUCAUACCCUUAAUCACUGCUGUGAAAGUAAAGAUAGAUGUGAGAAUCAGAUACAUGGGUGGGUAAGGGGCAAAAAAGAUGAGUGGGAGCAGGCUGUGGUGGGGGCAGGAAUAGAAUAGCUUCCUAGUGAAGGUAUUUAAGCAGAAUCUGGAAAAAAUGGGUAGAUAUUUGUUAGGUAGAUAGAGGCAAAAGGAAGGGAGCAGCAUGAAAAAAAAUAUGGAGGUGUGGAACAGUUUGGCAUAUUUGGGGGACAAUUAGCAAUUUAUUAAUGUGGCUGGUGUGAAGGAUGGAAGGGGCAUGGUAAAGGAUUAAGCAAGAGAAACAGACAAAGCUGGGUCCCAAGAAGCCCACUGAUCCCAUGCUAGGCCUGCUGUCUGUUCCAGCAUCUGUCUGUUUCCCUUGCAGGCUCAACACUCUAACUUCAUUCUGAUUUUUUUUUUUUUAAUGGCUCCUGACCUGCUAUCACCCCACUCUCAGCUUGGAUUCUUGUUCUUGACUCUUCGCCUAAUGUAACCAAGGACUUUCCAUUUCUCCACCCAUUUCCAGCCCAACCAGAUCAUUGCCUGUGUAGUUAGACUCCUGCUGGACAUAUUUUGGCUUGAAUUCUGUCACUUCUGUGGCCAAUUAGGGCAGACAUGGCCUGUAAAGCUCUGGAAUGCAUCUCCAGAGACUCUGACAUUUUAAGUAGGAAAUUGAAAGACCUAGGUGGUAUUCCCGUUUCUUUUUCUAGUUCAUACAGACAUGACUUUGUAAGAGAAAUGAGGAUGUGGAAAGUGAGUCAUUAGCUACAUAACUGGGACUACACAGUAGGAUUUGGUAAUUGAAAUUAUGUUUUCCUGGUGAUGGAUAGAUUCAUAAAUACUUAGAAAAAUAAUUUUAUUUAUUUAUAAAUAUAGUUAUUCCCUACCACAUACCACAAAGCAGUUAUGCCAGUUUAGAAAAAUGCAACAAUACAAAAAAGAUAAAAUACCCAAGGGAUCGGGUAAAGGAAAAAUAAGGGUAGGGCAAUAACAGAGCCAAGAUUAGGUAAGCUCAGAGAAAUGCAAACCACCCACUUUUGCUAGGAGGGAGCCUAGCAUGCUUUUCCUGAUAAAAGUGUUUGAGAAACUAUCUUAUGGAUCCUUAUUGAGUAGUGAAUGUAUUUCAGAGGACUCCUUCAAUCAAUAUGAUAAUGAAUUUCAUAUGGCUAUAGAGUAGUUAAGAGUUUGGGUCUUGGAGUUAGCUUUUCUGGAUUCCAACCUGGCUCUACCAUUUACUAGCUAUGUGAUCUUGGAAAACUACUUAACCUCUCUGGGCCUCAAUAUCUUCAUUUGUAAAAUAGAUACAGUGAGUCCUACCUCAAAGGAUAGUUAUGGACAUUAUAUAAAUUAAUAUUUGUGAAGUGUUUAGAACUGCUUCUGCACACAAUAGGCACCAUGAAGUCUUAAUUUUUUUAAGUUAAAGUAUAUUGAAUAAUUGCUAGAUGUUUAUUAAAUUUUGUGAAAUUAAAAAUAAUUUAUAAUUCUUAGAGAUAGAUCUAUAAAAGUUCCAGAAAAUACAGACAGAUUGCUCUCUUGUGGUCUGAAUUGAUCUAAGAGUGAAAUUUAUGGGAAUGAAUGGAUGGCACAUAUCUUUCAGGAAGGGCUGGGGAAUGGGUUUAUGAAGAACCUUGCUUAUCUGAUGAAGUGAUAUUCUUCUGAGGAAAAAGAAAUAAAAUACUCAAAUGGAACAAAAUAAUCUAUGAGGAGGAUGGUGAGUCAACUCUUAAGAAAAUUGGGGGAUGAAAAAAAAAGAAAAUUGGGGGAUGGAACAAUACUUAAGGUUGCAGUUGACUAAAGUUUAGAGUGUGCAUGGAGUGUAAUUAGAAAAGUUACACAACAUUUAUAAUUGAUUAGACCUGGUGGCCUGGCACUAAUGACUAGAAUUUAUUUAUGGCAGUAUGGACUUUGUUCAAAAGAAUUACUCUAGGUAGUGGCCUUGUUCUCCACCUUUCUCUUCUGGUCGGCGAGGCUGCUCUGCUCUUGUCAGCCUCCUGCCCGCAGUCUGCUUGAGAGUGAGCACCAUGCCUUCAAUUAUGUUGCAGAGUUUUGAUGGAGAGAUAUUUGAAGUUGAUGUUGAAAUUGCCAAACAGUCUGUGACUAUCAAAACCAUGUUGGAAGAUUUGGGAAUGGAUUAUGAAGGAGAUGAUGACCCGGUUCCUCUACCAAAUGUUAAUGCAGCAAUAUUAAGAAAGGUCAUUCAGUGGUGCACCCACCAUAAGGAUGAUGCCCCUCCUGAGGAUGAUGAGAACAAAGAAAAGUGUACAGAUGAUAUCCCUGUUUGGGACCAAGAAUUCCUGAAAGUUGACCAAGGAACACUUUUUGAACUUAUUUUGGCUGUGAACUACUUAGACAUCAAAGGUUUGCUUGAUGUUACAUGCAAGACUGUUGCCAAUAUGAUCAAGGGAAAAACUCCUGAGGAGAUCCAUAAGACCUUCAAUAUCAAAAAUGACUUUACUGAAGAAGAGGAAGCUGAGGUUUGCAAAGAGAACCAGUGGUGUGAAGAGAAGUGAGAUGUUAUGCCCGACACUGUAACACUGUAAGGAUUGUUCCAAAUACUAGUUGCACUGCUCUGUUUAUAAUUGUUAAUAUUAGACAAAGAGUAGACAAAUGCAGCAGCAAAUCAGUUGUUUUAGUAGAAUAUUGUAUUCCUUGCAUGUGUAGUUUGAGUAUAGAUUCCAAAGUUAUGGCUGAGUUUCUUCUAGUAUGAUCAGUUUCUUUUUUCUUUGCUCUCAAUAAACUGAACUGUGGGUUCUCUGUAGAAGGUGGCAUUUUGGGCUUUCCCUCUCUUUGGAAAGUGAUUUCUGCCUAGUUUACUGUCUGGUUAACUUUAGUUUAAUGAUCUUUUAAAAGUUGUCAUUGUAAAUAAAACAAGUUAAAAAAAAACUACUCUAAAAGAAGAGGCAGAGGAAGAGACAGCAUUGUAUGAACUGAGCUGUGCUUAUAGUUAUAAGGAAACCCAGGAAUCUAAAUAUGAGAAUUUGGUAGAGCCAGUCAACUGGCUAAGAGUAAACCAGAAAGUGUAAUACAGGCUGUCUAGCUGAAUAAGACAUGUGAAGUGAGGGAUGAAUGAACAUUCAAUAAACAUCUCCUUCUGGGAUGGAAUGGCCAGAGGCAGUCUUGUUCUCCUGCCUAGAACAACUAGAAAAGCUGGACUACACAGAAAUCAUUUGUCUGAAGGCAGGGAGGAGGUGCUGAGACAAUGAAAAUGAGUGGUAGCUGUUUCUGGAGAGGGGAGAAUCAAGGCAGAUGGGGAAAUUACUGCAACUGCUUUUACCCUGAGGGCACAUGUUUAUUCUGAGUUGGAGGGAGAGCUGGUCAGAGGUGACAAUCUAGGAUUUUCACAUGCUGAAGCACUUGCAAGGGAACUAAGAAACCAGCAGAUCUUUUGGUGGAGACCAGGCAGGGGUGGGGUGGGUGCUCAAACAAAUUUUUCACUAGCACAUUUACCAAAUACUGGGGCUGCAUAGAGCAGGAGGCAAAAACACCCAAGGAAAAAGCCUUUAGAAGCAGAGUAUUUUAACAGACUUGGGAUAGAAUGAUUAGAAUUGGGCUUGUCCAAGGGAAGGGGAUGCACAUAAUAUACCAGGUUUCAGUGGAAAAUCCUGGAAGGCCAGGAGCAAACCAGGGGUAGAUUGAGCCUUAGCAGGACUAUAGUCCAGCCUGGACUUAAUAUAGCCCCUGAGUAGAUAGGAUGAUUUGUCACUAGUCUGUCUGCCCAGUGCAGGUCAGAAUGGACCCUCUCUAGAGAAAUACCAACUGGAGCCUCUGCAAUUUAUUUAGACACACUGAGCAUCUCUCAUUAGAAUAGUACCAGGUGCACCAAAAGAUAGGAUCACAUAUCUGAAAAUCAGAAGAAAAAAAGAGCUAAAACAAAGCCACAGGUGAUGCAGGUAUUAGAAGCAGCAUACAAGAACUUUAAAAUAGCUAUGAUUAGUAUGUUCAAGGAAAUAGGUGAAAAAAUGGAGAAUAUCUUCAGAGAAUUAGAGUCUAUUAAAAAAAAGAAACAAAUGUAAAUCAGAGAACUACUAACCUACAUGCAAAUCAUAGGCCAGACAUAUGCUGGGUGUUUAAACAUGCAAGAUUAUUUAAUCAUCUUAAAAACUAUAUGAGUUAUAUCUUGUUGUCUAUUUAACAUGUGACAGGGACAAGAGUUACUAAUGUGUGUCUGUCAUGCUCAUUCUCCCCUUUUUUCAUUCUCCCCCACUCUAUUUCUACUCACAAAAGGACAAGUCUUGUGAAUUCUAUUCCUGGAUAUUUUAUUUUAAAGAUUUUAUUUAUUUAUUGUGUCAGGGUGGGGGGUGGGAAGAGAGAA